AUGGGAGGAACACCAAAUGACAAGAAGAAGAAGGCGAAGAGCGGUGAAGCCGAGGAAGACGUGAGGGCCAAGCGAUUCAAGGCGGCACUCGAGCAAUUGGCGGCACAGGGGACCCCGAACAAGGGGCGGGGGCGACAACGGGUGAAUGGAAUGCAGAAGACUGAUGCGCUGGUGGCGGCCGUGCGAAAGGCCAACGCGAGGCAGCAGGCCAACCGGACCCGCCCCAAUCUCGCACGCCUUCGAACUACGGACAGGAUGACCGCCAAAUCGAGCAAAUCGUCCAUGAAAUCGGUUCUCUCGCUGAGCGGACGGGCUGCCAGGAAGAAGAAGGAACCUAAGUGGCAUAUUCAGAAGGAAAGCAAGGAGCCCCGUGAAGUGCCCAAGUGGUAA